AUGCCUGAGUUGGUGACCUUUGAGGAUGUGGCUGUGAACUUCAGCAAUGAGGAGUGGACUUUGCUGAGUCCAUCCCAAAAGAAGCUCUACAGAGAUGUGAUGGGUGAAACCUUUAGGAACAUGACUAUGAUAGGUGGACUCGGGGAUAUCCAGGAAGCUGAAAAAGAAGGCAAAAUUUACUGGAGUUACUUAAGAAAGCUAGGGAAAUCCUAUGGACAUACAUCUUGGAAUCAGUGUAAAGAAGUCUUCCUUGGUACUGAAGAAGGUAAUGUGAAUGUGAAAGAAACAGAAACACAUGACAAUGUUCAGAUUCAUGAAAAAUAUUGCAGUGGAGGGAAGCCCUAUGUAUGCAAGCAAUGCGGGAAAGGUUUUACCACACAUGGAAUUUGUAAGAAAUAUGAAAGAAUUCACAGAGGAAAGAGACCCUACAUAUGUGAUCAGUGUGGGAAAGCUUUUACAGCACGUACAUAUUGUCAAGUACAUGAAAGACUUCACUCUGGAGAAAAACAUUAUGAAUGUAAGCACUGUGAGAAAGCUUUCAGCACAUGUACUUAUUGUGUAAUCCAUGAAAAAAUUCACACUGGGCAAAAAUCGCAUAUAUGUAAGAAAUGUGGGAAAGCUUUUAGCAGGAAAAUUCAUUUUCAAAUACAUGAAAAUGUUCACACUGGAGAGAAACCCUAUGUGUGUAAGCAAUGUGGAAAAGGUUUCACCCAAGUUGGACAUUGUAAGGAACAUGAAAGAAUUCACACUGGAGAGAAACCUUAUGUAUGUAAGCAAUGUGGGAAAGCUUUUAAAACACAGGGAGAUUGUAAGAUACAUGAAAGAAUUCACACUGGAGAGAAACCAUAUGUAUGUAAGCAAUGUGGGAAAGCUUUUAAAACACAGGGAGAUUGUAAGAAACAUGAAAGAAUUCACACUGGAGAGAAACCAUAUGUAUGUAAGCAAUGUGGGAAAGCUUUUAACAGACGGGAAGGUUGUAAGAGACAUGAAAGAAUUCACACUGGAGAGAAACCAUAUGUAUGUAAGCAAUGUGGGAAAGCUUUUACCACUCAUGCAAAUUGUAACGAGCACGAAAGAAUUCACACAGGAGAGAAACGAUAUGUGUGUAAGCAAUGUGGGAAAGCUUUUAAAACACGUGCAUAUUUUAAGGUUCAUGAAAGAAUUCACACUGGAAAGAAACCAUAUGUAUGUAAGCAAUGUGGGAAAGCUUUUAAAUCACAGGGAUAUUGUAAGAAACAUGAAAGAAUUCACACUGGAGAGAAACCAUAUGUAUGUAAGCAAUGUGGGAAAGCUUUUAACAGACGGGAAGGUUGUAAGAGACAUGAAAGAAUUCACACUGGAGAGAAACCAUAUGUAUGUAAGCAAUGUGGGAAAGCUUUUACCACUCAUGCAAAUUGUAACGAACACGAAAGAAUUCACACAGGAGAGAAACCAUAUGUGUGUAAGCAAUGUGGGAAAGCUUUUAAAACACGUGCAUAUUUUAAGGUUCAUGAAAGAAUUCACACUGGAGAGAAACCCUAUGUAUGUAAGCAAUGUGGGAAAGCUUUUAGCACAUGGGGAGAUUGUAAGAAACAUGAAAGAAUUCACACUGGAGACAAACUCUUAUGUAUGUAAAUAAUGUGGGAAAGCUUUUAAAAUGUAGUGAGAUUGUAAGAAACAUGAAAGAAUUCACAAUGGAGAGAAACCCUAUGUAUAUAAGCAAUAUGGGAAAGGUUUUACCAACUCUGGACAUUGUAAGCAACAUGAAAGAAUUCACACUGGAGAGAAACCAUAUGUAUGUAAGCAAUGUGGGAAAGUUUUUACCCAACAUGGACAUUGUAAGCAACAUGAAAGUUCACACUCAAGAUAAAACCAGUGUAUAUAAGAAUCAUGAGAAUGGUUUGAGCACACGUAUAUAUUGCAUAAUGUAAGAAAAUCUUCACACUGGGCAGAAAACUUAUAUAUGUAAGGAAUGUGGGGUAGGUUUCAGCAGAAAUGCUCAUCGUGCAAUACAUUAUAAAAUUUAGACUGUUGAGAAACCAUGUGUACAUGAAGAAUGUGGGAAAGCUUUCACCAAACAUGGAUAUUGUAAAAUACAUCCAUGACUUCACAUUGGUGAGAAACCCUAUUUAUAUAACAAUGUGGCAAAGCUUUUACCACAUACAGUCACUGUAAAACACAUGAAAGAAUUCACACUGGGAAAAACCACUGGCUAUGUAAGCAAGUGGAGACACUUUCAGCAGCCAGAUUAUAAGUGAAAUACAUGAAAAAACUCACACAAGAGAUAAAUCUUAUGUGUUACGGGAAUACUCUCAGCAUACUUGAUCAUUGUUACAUAUCUGAAAGAGCUCACUGGGCAGAGAUCCUAUGUGGAUUAACAAUGUGAGAAAUAUGGCAAUCCAUGUUUCUUGUUAAAUCCAUAGAAAAAGUGUCACUGUUCAGACAGUUUAGAUCUAAAUUUACUUUAAAAAUCACAGGGAGACCUGAAGAAAUAAUCAAUACAGAAGUUAGAUGUCAAUAUAUCUUCACAAAUAUUCCAGAAAUGACAAACCUGAGGUGGAGCUCUCCUUAGGUGCACAUGUUGUAUGGUUUUCAGUUAAUCACUUGUACCUCUCUAGAUUUUUUAAAGUGUCUUUGUGUUUCAACAUGGCAUCUUUAAUUAAACAUGCUAAAUUGAAAUGGGCUUUUCACUUUCAAGUAUGGAUAGUGUCUAUGUACUUAAUAUUUUUCUGUAAAACUUAAAUUUUAUAUUUUUUGGUGAAUUGUAAUGUUGUUUAUUUAAAGAGAAAAAAGAAAACGUGUAGAAAUAAUACAGAAUUUCAGAAAAAUAAACCAUAAGAAAUCACUA